AUGAAAUAUUUCUUGUUACUAGCCCUUCUCUUCGUUGCAUUAUCUAGAGAAUAAAUCGAAGAAGUUGAGGGUGUUUUGCAACUUACCAGAAAAAAUUUCUAAUAAGCUGUUGACGAAAAUCCAAGAUUGUUAGUCAAAUAUUACAUCGACUCAUGCGGAUAUUGCAUCAAAAUGAAGCCAGUUUUUAUUAGGUUAGCAGAAAUGUUAAAAGAUUAUGGAUUUGUCUUGGGAGAAAUCAAUGCUCAUGAAAACAAAGCUUUUACUGCAAAAAACAAUGUUAAGUCCUAUCCAACACUCAAACUUUAUAAAAAUGGUGUUGUCCAAGACUUUCCUAAUUAAUCAGACACAGUUGAUUUGUUGUUUGAGUAUGCUCUCUAAAAUGCUUAUGAUUAAAUUACUACUUUAAAUACUCAGGAAGAAAUUGAUCUCUUCCUAAAAAGAUCCUUUUUUGCAGUACUCAAAUAUGUGAAUAAUGAUGAUGAUUUAUAAAGCGUAGCUGCUGAAUACACUGCAAUUAAGUUUGGUAUUGUAGUGAAUCCAGAACUGUAAUAAGCUCAUUCUUCAAAAUAUACUCUAUUUCACAAGGCACUACCAGCCCCAAUUAAUUAUAAUGGUGAAAUUGAUGGGUUAUCAGAAUGGAUCUCUGCUCAUGGAUAUCCUGAAGUGUUCUCAUUGACAGAGGAAGAAUUUUUGAAAGCAGAAAAAGAUAAGAUUCCCUUGGUUGGAGUGGCUGGCACAAAGGAUAGCGAAUUAUUUGAAACUCUUAAGAUUUUGGCAGAGUUGCAUAAAAACAAAAUUAGAUUUGCCCUCAUUGAUCCAAAUUAGAUUUUGCCAAAUAAGAGAUUCCAGUAUUUGAUCAAGAAGAAAGUUGUUGCUAAAAAUGUCCUUUACUUAUACAAUUUCGAAACAAAAAAAACUACAACUGCAGAAUUCUCAGAUGAAUCAUUUGAAACACAUAGAUAAUUGUUGGAGACUUUGCUUGAGUAGUAACUUAAUAGCGAGAACUCUGAUUCUGACUAUUAUUUCAAAGGGGAAGGCGAAGUUCAUGUUUUAACCACAUCCAAUUUUAAAGAAUAGGUUUAUGAUAAUCCUAAUCAUGUGUUUGUUAAGUUUUAUGCACCAUGGUGUGGUCAUUGCAAGCAUUUAGCACCUACUUAUGAGGAAUUAGCCUCAGAAUUGGGUAGAAAGGAUAUCGUAAUUGCUGAGAUUGAUUAUACAGCUCAUAGAAUUGAAGGCAUUGAUAUUCAAGGAUAUCCAACAUUAAUACUUUUCAAGUCUGAAGGAGAUUCUAAGAAACAAAUCACUUUUGAUGGAACGAGAACAGUCGAAGGAAUGAAGGAUUUCUUACUGAAAUCAUUAGAUAGCAAUUACAAGGGUGAGCCCUAGAUUUAAUUGAGUGAGUAAUCCUUUGAAGUGAAGGAAACUGAUAGAGUUGAUAUUCCUAAUGAUGGACAAGUGAUUCAAUUGACAGCUGAGAAUUUCGAACAGAUCGUAUUGUAAAGCAGAUAGGAUGUCUUUGUGAAAUUUUAUGCUCCUUGGUGUGGACAUUGCAAGGCUAUGUCAGCUGAAUAUGUGAAAUUAGCAGAGGGAUAUAAAGAUAGCAAGAAUGUGUUGAUUGCUGAAUUGGAUGCCACUGUUCAUAAAAUACCAAUUUUAGAUAUCUAAGGAUUCCCCACUUUGAUUCAUUUCAAGAAGGGAAACACAAAAGUGGAACAACUGAAAUACAGUGGUAGCAGAACUGCAGAGGCACUUAAGGAAUUCAUCGAAUAGAAUGGAAGUUUUGCUUAGAAACAAGAUUUGUGAAUUGUAUAGAGAAGUUAUUUUAUUAUAAAACAGA